CUGGUCACUUUGUGCAAGUACAUUCCCUGACACUCGAACCAGAUCCCUUUGAAGGUGGCCGAGCAAGCCACAAAACAACCUCAACAAAGUCGGCCCGGUGUUCUGAUUGAUAAUGAUAAGAUCGGUCUGCGGCACGCACCAAUUCUCGUAGCACCAAGUCCAACCGACAGGCCCAAUCACUUUUUCACUUUGCGCCUAAACCGCCCACUCACUCGGAUAUCGCCCCCUGUGCGCUCCCGGUGCGUCGCACGUCCAAAGCCAAAAUUUCUCCAAAUUCCACCCCCCCAGCGGGAAAGGUGAUAUAAUUGAUCACGCCCGGCGCAGUCUGUUUCAUUUAUGCCUACGCAACGCACUCGACAUCUCCCUCCUCCUCCUCCUUCCUCCCGAUUCUCCGGAAUGUCUCUCCUACGUGGUGUCAAGUCGCUCUUGCACUCAAGCUCCUCCUCGCACCACGCUUCGGGAUUCAAAACGGUGAAGACAGAAACGGACCUCUUCCCCGCUACACGGCCGGAGAUUGACGGCGAAGAAUGCCUACGUGAUUGCGACAGUUGUACGACGCACUACCCAAAUAAAUUCUCCAUCGACGAGAGCGACAAACUCUACGGGCACGUAAAGGGUUGGAGUACACAUCUGGUUGUGGGUACGGGGAAGACGGACUGGGUAAGAGAUGUCACGGACGAGAAGCAUAGUGUCAUGGAAGCGGUGGGCAAGGCAGGUCUGCAGAGGAGAAACGGGAAGAUCAUGCUGAGUGCGAGUAAUAUGCCCAGCGGCGACGAGUGUCACGGCGACGGUGUCGAGGAGGGCACGGCUGAUUGUCUCUUGCUGCCGAGUUGGGUGGUCAUUGAAAAGGUCGCGCCGAGUCAGGUCGAGAAGUUGUUGGUGGAGGUAGUGGAACGGAGUGCGACAAACGAGACGCCGCUUCGACAGACGCAGAACGGGCAUGCGCACCCGCAAACCGCAGAAGGCAAAGUAGAGGCCAAAGGACAAGAGAACGGAGAAGAAUCCGACAACAGACUUGAUCCACUUCCUCUACCUGCGUCGAUAUCCUCCUCAUUCAAAAUCAAACCAAUCCCCCAUGACUACCUUAUCCUCAUGUGCAGUCACAGAACGCGAGAUGCACGGUGUGGGCAGUCAGCACCUCUUCUGCGGAAAGAACUUGAGCGAAUACUGCGGCCCAUGGGUCUGUACCGGGACCUGCAUGACGAGCGGCCCGGUGGAGUAGGGAUAUAUUUUAUCAACCAUGUUGGCGGACACAAAUACAGUGCCAAUGUCAUGAUCUAUCGACGGGAAGGGAGGAGGAAAGAUGGGACGGACGAAGAAACUGAUGGUGCGCCCUUAGCAAAAGAGGCGGUACAGUUGAUCUGGUUGGCAAGGGUGCGGCCUGAGGAUUGUGAGAACAUUGUGAGGUAUACGGUUCUGCAGGGAAAAGUGGUGAAGCCGCAGAGACAAUUAAGAGGCGGGUUUGAUCGGGAGAGAGGCUUGACGAGCUGGUAAGGCAAAAGAGGUUGAAGGCAUAAAAGCCUCGUCCGGAUUGUCGCAUGCAUAACCUCGCUGGUCGAGCGGUAACCUAGACGCAUUAGACGAACAUAAACACGACAGAAUAAUGACAAGACAGUAUGAAUUGCCAGUGCAGUAAGCG